AAUUGAUUAAUCUGAAGAAAAAGCAGGAACAACACUAUAUUCGACGUUGAUUGUGUCGUUAUGUAGUCGUCUCUGGUUAUAUUUAUGCAUUAACAAGAGUACCUAAUCUGCUCACCCCUGCCAUGGAGAUUCCCACAGAUGUUCAGCCUCACUAUGUGCUCUUUUUCUUCUGCCUUGCCUUUCUUGUUGCAGUUUCUGUACAGAAAAGCCGAAAAUCUAGCCAAAACAGCCAACUUCCUCCAAGCCCACCAGCAUUGCCGGUCAUCGGCCAUUUACACUUGCUUAGCUCUACGUUACACAUAUCUUUCAAGAACUUAGCUUCUCGUUAUGGUCCGUUCAUGUUGAUUCGUGCUGGUGGGGUGACUCAAUAUGUCGUGUCUAAUGGUACCACAGCAAAACAAGUUUUCAAAACUCAUGAUAUCAAGUUUGCAGCCAGGCCAGAGUUCGGGUCGGCUGAUUCCCAGAUAUACAAGGAUACCUUGUUUUCCACUCUGAACUACAGCAAGUACUGGAUUUUCUUGAAAAAGAUAUGUAUGAUGGAAAUUCUCUCAGCUCAACAGAUUAGUAGAUUUAGUGAUGUUAGGAAAGAAGAGAGGAUGAGAUUGUUGCAGGUUUUUUCAAAGAAAUCUGAAGAUGGGGAGGCUUGUGAUGUAGGUGUUGAGCUAAUGGCAAUGACGAACAAUUUGAUUUCCAGGAUGACUAUGAGUACGAGGUGCUCGGGGGAUGCCAGCGAUGGGGCGCAGAUAAGGGAAGUUGCCAAGGGGAUUACUCUACUUUCAGGCUUGCUUAGUUUAGGGGAAGCAUUCAGUUUGUUCAAGAAAUAUGAUCUGUUUGGGGCUGGAAGAAAAGUGAAGGCCCUGCUGUUGAGAUUUGAUGCAUUAAUGGAUGGAAUCAUAUUGAAACAUGAGGAGGAGAAUCAAAGAGAAAGGAAAGAUAUGAUGGACAUUCUCUUGCGAAUUUCCGAAGAUCCAACUGCUGAAGUGAAGCUCACAAAAAUGGGCAUCAAGGGCCUUUUUCUUGAUCUUUUCUUGGGAGGAACUGACACAACAAGUGUGGCUAUCCAGUGGGCAAUGGCGGAGCUUCUCAACCAUCCAACAGCCUUGAAGAAGCUGCAGAACGAGAUCGAUACAGUGGUCGGGUUAAGCAGACUAGUCGAUGAACCCGACAUUCUAAAUCUUCCAUACUUGCAAGCUGUGGUCAAAGAAACGCUAAGACUACAUCCUUCGUUACCUUUAGUAUUCAGAAAAUGUAGAGAAGCCUGCAAGAUCAAUGGUUACCCUAUCGCUAAAAACUCCAGGAUUGUGGUAAACUUGUAUGCCAUCAACCGUGAUCCAGACGCAUGGGAAAACGCAGCAGAGUUCAUGCCGGAGAGGUUUCUGGUCAAUACUAUCGAUGCAAUUGCACACGACGACCCAGAGGAUAUGAAAGGCCAGAACUUUAGCUAUGUGCCUUUUGGAGGAGGAAGGAGGGGCUGCCCUGGGGCUGCACUGGCCACGACGGUGCUGCAUUUGACACUAGCAGCAUUAGUCCAGUGCUUUGACUGGAAACUUCAAGGAGUUGAAAAGGUUAAUAUGGAAGAAGGGGCAGGAUUCUCAGCAGCAAUGGCUCACCCUUUGGUUUGUUAUCCUGUAUUGCGCGUUAAUCCUUCAGAAGUCCUCAGUGUCAUCGGUUGAGUGUUGUGCAAUGAGGUUUCUUUGCUAUGUUUGUUUGUUUCUCCAUUUACUCAUAAGGAGAAGGAUUGGAUGUUAAAAAAUCUGUAU